UCCCUGGCAGCUUUUCUUUUUUUUUUGCGGGUGGGUGACGGCGAGGCGAGCGGCUCCAUCGGUUCUGCAGCCAGGUUCGGGUAUGAAGUCAAACAGCGCCCGGAAGCUUCCGUAAUCCGACCGAUGUCAUUUUGGAGAUGCACUUUGGGCAAAUAAGCGGCUGAAUAGCGGAGACAUUUUGAUUUUCUUUCAACAUGAUCGCAUUGCUGACUCUGACUCUGCUCCUCAAAAGCGUUUUGCCGUCGCCGGUGACUCCGAGUGCGCUGGAGCACGACGACGUCAAGGUGAUGAAAUGCGUGGCGGAGGCGCUGGCGGAUGUGCUGUCCAGGCCACGCCUACUUCCGGUCAGCCACCAAUGUCUGCAGACGCUCAGGACAGAUGAGCGCCUCCUGACACUCCUCCACCACUACGAUUUCCUGAAGGAGCUGCAAGACGUUGCCGACCAGGAUGGCUCCAUGCUGAACGCGCUCGGAGGCCCCGGCGAGCGCUCCGUCCUCUCCCAGGAGCGGAGGAGGUCGCGAGAGGAGGAGGAGAAGGACGAGGACGAGGACGAGGACGAGGAGGAGAAGUUGGCAGAGUGUCGCCGGCCGCCGGGAAGACGGAGGAGGACCGAAAAGGUUGUGACAGCAGUUUUUACAACAUGGGGGCCAGAAGAAAUAAGACGGCGCGGAUCCAAAGAGGAGCAGGACAAGAGAUGGGAGGAAGAGGACGAGGAGGAGGAGGAGGAGGAGGAGGACGAGGAGGAGGGAAUGAAGAAAAGAAGCAAAGGGCCGCCGCCGAGGGAGGAAACAGAAGGUGAGGAGGAGGAGGAGGAGGAAGCCCCCCAUCAUUCGAAGGAGGCCUCGGAGGAAAAGGACGAGCCGAAGAAGAAGAGGAACCGCAGUCCGGAGGAGAAGGAGCUGCAGAUGAUCGCUCGCAGGACGCCGGACGAGGAGGACGGCAGCGCCGGAAGGAAGGCGGAGGACGGCGAGGCGGAGAACCUGGCCGCCAUCGAGUCAGAGCUGGAGAACGUGGCCCAGAAGCUGCACCAGCUGCGACGAGGCUGACCCGGAGGGGGCGCCGUCCGCCUUCUGGAAACUUCCCGCGACCUCGUCGCCUCGUUCCCUCCCGUUGCGUUUUAAAUUUUUUUUUCUUCCAUAUUUUGUCAGUGAUUUGAAAUCGACGCCUGAGAAGGUCAAAGAAGCAAAAGUGGACGUUUUCUGUCCGUUUUGAACGGUUUUUAAAUUAUUAUCAUCUGAGUGGCGGUGACGUAACAUUUUCAUUUUCAUUUUUCCCGUGACAGCAGCAAUAAAGUUGCAUUCUGUUCUACGUGGAA